UUUACUCAGGAAAAGAUCUGAUCUAAAGACCAUAACUGAUGUUCGGACAGAACCCAUAUGCUAAUAGAUCGGGUCGGGUCAAUUCGAGAAAAUCCAACCGUCCAUUCUGCUUUGCACUAUCUCAUCAAUCUUCUUUUCUCUUUUACCCCUUCGUUCUGAUUCCCGCAACCGUCCCUUGAAUUCCGGCCACCGGAGUUCUCUUUUGGUUUUCUGACUGGGCGGUCUUUCUUCAAUUUCACUUUCCCUUUGAUCUCUUACAAAUCUUCUUUCUACACCUUCUAAGGGUUCCUUGACACCAUGACCUUCUCGGAGGACGAGGACGAGACUCUGGCCCAAUUUCUGGAAUCAGAGGUUCUCUCGGAGGCAUCUGACAAGGAAGAGGAAACUGGGGAGGAACCAAAAGCAAAGAGAAAGCGCGUAACGGAGGAUGAGAGUACUAAAGGAAAAGAAAUUUCUGAUUCAUCUCGCACACGGAAGAGCAUUGUUGUAAACAAUACGGUGUUGCCGAGAAGGAUUGACACUGGUUGUUUCAGCAAAGUUCCACCCGAGCUUUUCCAUCAUAUCCUUAAAUUUCUGUCUUCUGAGGAUCUUGUUUCUUGUUCCUUAGUCUGUAGGUUUCUAAACUGUGCCGCAUCAGAUGAGUCAUUGUGGCGUCGUCUGUACUGUAUGCGAUGGGGUCUUCUCCCCCCUACCCGGAAGUUAAGGGAAUGCCCAUGGAAGAAGUUAUACAUUCAGCGUGAUGGAGAGGACAUGGUUGAACUUGUUAGGAACUGCCAAAAUGAGUUUAAGGAGUACUACAUUCAAAUGCAAGCAGCUAAGCGAAGUCAAGCUCCUCUUCCUUCACAGUUGAAGGACGAUAGGAUAAUUCUUGACAAAACAUUAGCUGAUCAAGUGGCAUCAUGGAAAAGCAGCAGAGGCCUAAGUGAUGUAGUGGUGGCUGAUCAUACUUGUUCUGGGGAAAAUUGCUCUUACUACCAAAUUGGAGAUGUAUUUAUUUGUGAGAAGACUGGACAAGUUCAUGUUUGUGACGAUACAUGUAGAGAAGUAAUUAUGGAUCCCACAAAUGAGCUUUUGGUAUGUACAAUAUCAGGUCACUGUUUUGAUAGAUUGUUGUCACCUUCCGAAAUGGAGCCUGAUGCUGAGCAGCAGCAAGGUGGUGGAACUGAUGAGGCAGAACCAUUUAUGGGAUCUGGCCGUUUUGCACGAGCUUAUUUGCUGGGGUACAACUGUGCUGAUGAAAAGGAGCUUGAAGCUACUUUGAGGUUUUGCUGAUCCCUGCUUUGAGCUUUAUACUGGAUGAUCCUAUGCUUCAUCAUUUACCUGUUUGGUGUUUAGCAUUAAAUAUGCUGUAGUUUCUACUGGCAGAAGAAUACUUGCUUAGUUUAAGAUUAUAAAACUCUGCUUUUGUCUUGUCUUAUAUGUUACUAGUUUCAUCCUUUUAAUGUAUGUAUAGUUGAACUUAAGUAGAGAAUUUUAUUUUCUCUAAUAGUUGGUUUGAUAUAUUCAAAAAUUAAUAAUUACUGACAUUUUUAA